GAAUUAUACUACUACUGAUCCCAUCCUCUCUUUCAAUCAACCCAAAUCAGUUUUAUUUCAAUUGAAUCUACCCUCUCUCUUCCAAUCAACUUCCCUGUCAAGACCCCCUUGGGAAAAAUGUCUUCUGCAACUUUUACAGGUCCAAUUUCUGGGACUGGCUUUGUUGGUCUGAAAUCUAAUUCCUCAAAUCUCUGUCUGAGUACUGGUUCCAUUGGCUGGGAAAAGAAAACUGUCUCCAAUGGCUCUAAAGCUUACUGCAUGAAGACAUGGAAUCCCAUCAACAACAAGAAGUUCGAAACCCUCUCCUACCUCCCUCCACUCUCCGAUGAAUCCGUGGCAAAGGAGAUUGACUACAUGCUUAAGAAAGGAUGGAUACCUUGCCUUGAAUUUGAUGAGGUGGGAUGUAUUAGGAGAGAGAACAGCCAGAUGCCAGGGUACUAUGACGGAAGGUAUUGGACACUGUGGAAACUACCAAUGUUUGGGUGUACAGAUCCAUCUCAAGUGCUGAAUGAGAUCCACGAAUGUAAGAAGACAUAUCCAAAUGCAUAUAUUCGCUGUUUGGCAUUUGACAACAAGCGCCACAUGCAGGCGAUGGCCUUCAUCAUCCAGAGACCUACCACCACUUGAGCUUCCAUAUUCUGAUGAUCAUCUUUCCCUUCAUUUCAUUUUCCUUUUUCCGUUUUCCAUUUUCCUGUUGGUUGAAGUAAAAUAAUUGGUGUUCACUGGUCUUGCUGGAAGAAGAAAAAGAACUUGUCAUGCCAUGCCUCCACUUGUUGGAGGGGACUAGAAAUCUGAUCUGAUUUAGCUUUUCGAAGUGGUUUGAUGUUGCUGAUGUGUGAAACAGCCCAUAGUUUUGUGUUGUUUAAAUUUAGUGUAAUCAUCAAGUUGGACCACCCCCCCCCUUUCACAUAAAUGAAGCUUGGGUUAGUGGGUUAGGUAUUUGAAACUCCAGCCUUCUUUUUCCUAGGAACUCAUGAGAGUUGUCUUUGACGGAGACAGCGAGGCAAAUGGAAUGCUUGAAGUGUGAUCUGCCACUCUGGAUGAUAUUUUUAAUUUUAUACUCUUUCCGGUCCUUAAUGUAUAAAAUAUACUCUACCUGGUCUAUAAUAUAAGUUGGUUACUUUUUCUCAUGUA